AUGAGCGAGCCUUCCGCAUAUACUCCAUUCUCUGUACCUGCGACACCGGUCAAUUCACCCUCUGAUAACGACUUUCCACCGACAACUUCUCCGCCGACAGCGUCAACAACUCCGACAGCGCCGACUCUAGGGAAACAGCUGUGGAAGAAUGCGGUUCGGAAUGUAACUAUGCGGAAUGCUCUUGCGCUUGCUCCACCCACAGCUUCGGUCAUUGGCACAACGAACAAACCUCGAGCACCACCUAUUCGACAGCGAACGAUAUCAUCUGUAGUAUCUCUCUCCAGUGGCGACGGUCGGACGAGGACUAUCUCAGAGCCGGUGUACACGCGUUCAAGGUUGUCAGCUCUUGUACCAAAGUUGAUUGAGUUGGAAGCGACACACGAUCUCGCUGCUCAUUCUGCGCUUGUCCGGCAUAUGCAAUUUUCACCCGAUGGUACAUUCUUAGCCACCUCAAGUUGGGAUAAGACUUCGGUGAUUUUCCGUGUGGGCACCCCAUUUACACCUCAUCGUACCCUUGCACAUCCACAAGGCUUUGUAGGACAAGUAGCCUGGUCGCCGACAGGAAACAUUUUGCUAACGAAAAUGGCGAGAGGCAUAAAAGUUUGGACGGCUGAGGACGGCGUCUGUAAAAAAACCAUCAAUCGCAACACAGCUAUUGAAACUGUGACUUGGUUCCCAAGCGGCGACGCAUUCUUAUCCAUCGAGGAUUCCACGGCUACAAAGAUGGACAUCAAUGGGAAUGUUUUGGACCAAUAUGAAUUCGCAAAUAUGAAACUCCUGGAUGUUGCUAUUACCCCUGAUGCCACCCGUUUAGUAGGAGUAGGGCCACUUCUACAAUCUCCUGAAGGCCUUCAACCAAGCAAAUCUCGUGUUGAAAAGCGGUUGGUUGUUUAUAAUGUAGAAACCAAACAAAUUGAAAACAUGACUCCUGUGCUUGAAGUGGUUCGAGAUAUAACGCUCGCUCAAACUUCGCGAAAUGGAUUGGUGGCUUUGAUUAGUUAUGAACAUAAGGCUCCUCCUCAAUUAUGGAAACUCGAGCUUGUCAAAGACAGGGAAACGAAUAAGAUCACAACUUCACGCCUUUCCUUACGCAAUGGGACGUCUUCAUCGUUGACCUGGCCACGCAGACAUACAUACAUGCCAAAGGGUCCAGUCGACUUUGCGGGAUCAAGCUACUUUGGAGGACAGAACAACGAAUUGGUUAUGUGUGCAGCUAAAGCUGGAGACAUUCAUAUUUGGGAUCGAGAAUCAGGAGCUCUGCUCCAUUCAAUACGUGCUCAGGCUAAUGGCGGCGACUUGACGUGUAUCGCCUGGAACCACUCCUCGAGCGACCCCUUUAUGUUUGCCACUGGAAGCCAUGAUGGCGGUGUCCGUGUAUGGACCAGACAUCCGGCCAAGGAUCCAAAUUUUCUAAACACGAACGAAUUUCCUCGGAGCACGUCCCCGUACGGCCUAGGGUCCUAUCGCAACGGAUUCGACAGCAUGCUCUCUUUGGAUGAAUAUCCAUCUGAACAUGACUCCCCCGAGCGUGACUUGACAGCUUCCGCUUGCGCAAGCCAGACGCGUCUCAUCAGUGAUGGGGACCCGCCUUAA